AAAGGGAACAGCGGAAUGCCGGCUUCAGAUCCUGGUGCAUGACAAUAGAAAUCAUAUAUGUCAUAUGCAAACACGGGUCGAGACCCUGAAAUUGGUUAGGAAGGUUUCAGCCCGUCAGUAAUCGCCGUGUUCCCAAGAUGAGAAGGACGGGGUUUCUUGCCGACGUUUUCAUUCUUGCUGUUACUGGAUUAUUUCAAGUGAUUGUUGCGGAUGAUUUUCAUGAGUACUGUAUUGUAGGAGCAGGGCCCGGAGGCUUGCAGUUGGGUUUCUUUUUCGAGCGAGCAGGAAGGGACUACGUUAUCUACGAACGUGACGGGUUGGCCGGGUCGUUCUUUCGGAAAUAUCCACGCCAUAGGAAACUAAUCUCCAUCAACAAGCGAUUUACAGGUCGCUCGAAUAAAGAGUUCAAUCUCCGCCACGAUUGGAAUUCGCUGAUCAGUGAUGACGAGUCGCUCUUGUUUCGAGAGUACUCGGAUGAGUUUUACCCGCCAGCCGACAACCUGGUGAAGUACCUAAAUGACUACGCCAAGAAACUCAAGCUCAAUGUUCAGUACAAUACGAACAUUACCAAGAUCUCGAGGGGGACACGAGCUGAAGACCCGUUUUAUCUGUACGAUCAGAACGCUGUCAAGCAUACGUGUACUAACUUGAUUAUGAGUACUGGGCUGGCUACUGAAAACCUCCCGGAAAAUUUUAAGGGCGUAGAGCACACAGAGAGUUACAAUGACAUCUCUACCAACCCAAAAGAUUUCGAAGGUCAAACCGUGCUGAUCAUUGGCAGAGGCAACUCAGCUUUCGAGACUGCGGCUUCCAUUCUCGGUUCGACAAACCACAUACAUAUGUUUGCAAGGUCUCGCCUUCGUCUCUCCUGGGAGACUCACUACGUAGGGGACCUGAGGGCAGUGAACAACGAAGUACUAGAUACAUAUCAGCUGAAAUCGCUUGACGGCCUACUAGAAGUACCAGUUGAAAUUAUUGAAAUUAAAAAGUCCAAAGGAAAGCUAUACGUGGACACAGCGAUUGGAAAAGGAGCGGACAAUUUCGCUAUUCGUGAGCCAUAUGACCGCGUCAUCAGAUGCAUGGGCUUUAAGUUUGACUUUUCGGUGUUUGACAACACAUCUCAACCCAGACAGUGUCAUGGAAUGUACAUGCGCAAGUUUCCAUCCAUGAAACCCAACUACGAGUCCACUAGGGUGCCUCGGAUGUACUUUACUGGAGUUGUGACCCAUGCAGUGGAUUUCCGCAAGUCCGCUGGGGGAUUCAUCCACGGAUUCCGUUACACAGCUCGUACUCUACACCGCAUACUCGAGCAGCGAAACCACAACGUCACGUGGCCUCACACCAAGCUACCGCUGACCGAACUCAUGGGCGUCAUACUCAGACGAAUCAACGAAGCAUCGGGUAUUUACCAGAUGUUCGGCAUUCUCGGAGAAGUCAUGAUAUUCCGCCCUGACAACACGGUUGAGUACUACGAGGAAUUUCCGAUCAGACUCAUUCACAAGUUUGAAGAAUAUAGCGGAUCCGCUGCUGGUCCGAUGUUGGUUAUAAACAUGGAGUACGGCAAGGACUAUUCAGGACCAGGAAAAGACGUGUUCAGAGGAAACAGAGCCGCGGCAGCAGGAGUCCCGAGUGUUGCACAUCACUCGAAUUUCCUACACCCUGUGCUGUACUUCUACAAGACGCCUCCCACAGUGGCGCCGAAAGACGCAGAUAAUCACUACGAGCUGCCCCGCCCAGAUGACAUGCAUGUAAUGGUGGAAGACUUCCUCACUCUCUGGGACGCCCCCAUAGCCCACUAUUUGCUUCUUCGCCGGUUCCUUGAGAAGAUCCAACACAGGGACCUCAGGCUCUUCUUCGCCCAGUCGUGCUUCAAGAUGGCGAUGACGCACACUUCGGUACCUGAAGGGUGUGAACAGCAGUACCUCAAAGGUCAAAUGCUGGUGGGAGCUGAGAAUGUUGUAUUGAAGGCAAAACGCCGUGGGCUUCUGAUGUGAACCCAGCCAAACCACGUGAUGCGAAGUCACGUGAUCAUUUUACGUGUGGUUUGCCAGCAUUUUUACAGUCCAACAGAUUACAGUUUUUGAGGAUUUUGUGUUGCAAUAGAACUAGAGGCAUAUAAGAAAGGACCGAGAUGGAAACACAUUGUUUUCUCUCGUUGUGAACUUUUAGCGUUUUUUUAGUUUUAGUUUUUAUGUAUUUUUAUUCUACAGGUUUUAGAUAUUUGUAUUUGCGUCUGCUUUUUUAACUAUUCUAGCAUAAUCAUCCAUUUUUAAAUUAAAUAAACAUAAGUGUGUUUAUAAGACAGCAUUCGGGUUUACAGAUGUCAUAAAAGGCAAAGAAAUAAAUAGAGCCCGCUCCACCCCCUACCACCUACUUCGAUUCACCUCCCCCUCCCCCAUAAGUAUUUUAUUGUUAUUCUUUUGGCCAGCGGUUCUUCAUUAGCAAAAUUAGGCGAACAAAAAAAGAAUGUCAAAUGUAUAUAAAUGUUAGAAAAUAAUGUCAAUAAAAAAUUUCAAAUACAAAUCAUUUUAUAUAUAUAUUUUUAAAUAUAUUUUGAAAAAUAUUUUCAUGGAUAAAAUCAAGUCUAUUGAAAACAGUAAAUAAAACUGAUGUUUUUUUAAGAAUCCUUGGUCACCUGCCGAGAAUAUCACAGGUAUGAACAAGCAAGAAAAUGAAUCUCCCUAGAAUUCGAAAUCCACUGGAAAUGGCUUAUUAAACAGCUGGUUAGAUAAAUAUUUUGUGAACCCGACAGAAACAACGAAUCGACACCAAAUGUCAAAACCGCAGAAGAUAGCGAACAAUGCGUUUAGUUGAAUUUAAACGAUUAACAUCAUGUCCCAGAAUUACCAUUUCGUAAACCGACAGGCAUUUAAAAGCUCCAUUUGGCCGGAGGGGAAUAAUUAUUGUCACUAAGCGUGGGCUAAAAUGUAUAUGAUAUCCAGGAGAGCGUUAUAAUGACAUGAAAAACGCUUCGAAAAGAAAAACGUCGUGAGCAACAGACUUCGCUCAGACGGAAGUACCUGCUAAAAACUUUUUUGGGAAGAAGUGAUUGCGGGAAAAUUUCAUGCAGGACUUAACACGACAAAUAUUUUCAAAGAUAUAUUUUCACCAUUAACGGACAAGCUAGAAUUUACUUGGUUAAAAUGGACGAAACAUUUGGCUACAUCGAGGAAAAUUUCCGCGCCGCGCACCCUAUGUAUCACUAUUCUUUCAUCGUCUUCGAUUCUGUUGUGGUUGGCGCGGCCGCCAUUUUGACAAAUAUUAUCCUUUCCUAUUUGCUUUCGUUCAUCUACGCAAGACUGAAGCGCUUCAUGGUUAUCGAGGACGUUGCCUUCUGGGUGAACUUUGCAUUUCUUAUGCUGAACCUGUGUGUGACUGCAAUCGUGGCGUUAGUUUUGGACAGAAGGAUAAAGCGAUACUGGGCGCGUGAGGUCCUCUUUAAAUUUGCCACAGAGGGGGAGGCAUGGGAUUUAUUUGCUCAAGCUAAGACUGAGCUUUAGCCAAACACUGUUUUUGGUCACAAGGGCGGCCUAGUCCCUGGAGUUUGACUGGUAUUCCUGUGGUGGUUAAGAGUUCUGACGUCACAAAGGAUCCAAUCCCUCCUCGUCCCCAAAGCCUAGGCUGUAAUAGGGACAAGACAGGAAAAUUGUUUGUUGCCAAGACCUGUUUUAUAAAAUGUUGUGACAUUGAAGCGCAAAACCUUUUCACGCCUUGUAUCUUUUUAAACUAUUAAAUAAAGCGCGAAUAUUUCGA